AUGCAGACUGCGGUUCUUAACGACACGUGUCCCUCGCGGAUAAACUCCGAGCUGGCUGCGUGUGACGUGGCUGCGAGAGUGGUGGAACAUGCUGACGUGGUAGCUGAGCUGGAUGGGAACGGACACAACCACGAGCACCCGCGAUGUUCGCCAGUGCUUCGUCGCAAACCGAUGGAAGUGCCUUCGAAGACGGUUCGCCAGCUCUUCGCAACGGGCAAGAUUAAUUACACGGGAUUGGACGAAGUAAACUCCGAGGACGGCGUGAGGGACACGUGGACCGAGUCUCUGGAGCCUGAAUCCCAGUUUUCCGAUAUGAAUGUGCUUAUGUCGAGCGGCCUUGAUGGAAUCACGUUCGAUUCGUCGAUCGCAGAGUGUGCUGGACAAGGGGAUGACUCAUCUGACGUGAAAGGGGGAGAGAAGGGCGAAGAGGACAAGGGAGGGGAAGAGGAGGGAUUGGAAGAGUUUGAAGAGGAAAUAGAAUUGGAAAUUGAGGAAGAGGAGGUGGAGGAAGAGGAGCAGGUAGGAGAGAAGGCCGAAGGCAAGGAGCAAGAAGAAAGCGACAGUGAUGAGGAUGAGGAUGAGAGUGAGGAUGAGGAUGAGGAUGAAGGGGAGGAGGAGGAGGGAGAUGGGGAGGAGAGUGGAAAUGAGGGUGAGGAGGAUGAGGAUUUGGAGGAGGAAGAAGAGCAAAUGGAGGAUGGGUAUUCGAUUGUUCUGAAGGUUGGUCAGGUUAUGUUGCCAUGCAAGGUGAGGUACGAAAACGAGGAGAUAGUUCAGAUCGUUGAAGCAGUGGACGAUUCGGAGAUAGUGGAGGUGGUUGAUGACGUGGCGGAUUACGAUGACGUGGCAGUCAAUGACGUGGAUAAGCAUGAGGACUGCCAAGGGCACGUGCGAACCUGCACUUCUCUUCGUGUGGGCAAUGACGAUCCUCCACGUGUCCUCUCCCUGUCCAUGGAUAAUCCUUCCCCUCCCGCCCCUUCCUCGCCCACCUCUCCUCUCCACUAUCCGCCCAUCUCCCACUCUCCGCCUCCCACCGAGUCUCUAGAGCAAUUGCUCACACCCCCCACCAUCCCCACUGCUCCGUUCCCACCCCCUCCUAAGAGCAUCCUCAAGCCCUCGUUUGUGGAACGCUGCAGUAAAGCAGCCUUCACGUGCAAGGCCACGAGUGGCAACGGCAUGGAAAGCACAGGUCGGAAGCGGCAGCGGGAUGGGAGCGAGAGUGGCAGUACUUGUGGUGGGAGGAAGGAGGCGCAGGGAGGAGUGGAGGGAGCAGGGGCGUUCGCGGAGGCGAGGGGGGUGCGGCCGACAGCUCGGGAACGAGUGGCGAGGCAGAUGGAGGUGGCAGAGGCGGCAGUGAGAAUGCUUGUGGAGAGAUGCAAGGGUGCGAAUUUAGUGGAUGUUUCACAUGGCCACGGAGUGUCUCCUGUGCCGUCCUCAUUGGCAGAUGAUGCCUUGCACCAAAUGGAGCAGCUGCGCCAUGCAGUCUUGGACAUAACCAAGCCGCGCAAGCGCCUUCGAUUUGCCGAUGAGCUUGGGGAGGAGCUGAACCAUAUUCGUUUCAUUCAACCCAGAAGCAAUCAGACGUCACGUGGUACCAUGGAUUCCAGCCAAUCGCAGCGUGCUGCACAUGCGUCCGUGACGGACCCAUUCUUCGAUCUGCUCCAGCCGUCCAGCGCAGUCUCUAAGCCCGCGCUUGCCGCCAACGCGUCGUCCGCGCUCACCAGCGGAUCUCCGCCGUCCAACGACCCCGCGCUGCCGUUCGGCCCAACCCACUCCCAGCCACAGCACCCCUCCCCCCCUCAUCCAUCCUUUUCCACUGGAGACGGGGGCAUGGGCGGCGGCGGAAUGGGGGGUGCUAACCUGGGGGGAGGGGCCAGCAUGGGGGGGGGAGCAGGUGGCGCGGGAGGCGCGGGUGGCGCGGGGAUGCGCGCAGCAGCAGCGGCGCGCGCGCCAGCGACAGCAGGGGACGUGGCGCAAGUGGCAGCGGAGGUGACGUCCGCCAUGGAGCGCCUGCUGCACCGCUUCUCCGAGGGCGUUUCUGCAGCACUGGGGGACGCGAGCAGCAGGGUGAGGCGCGUGGAGGCGGCGGUGGCGGCUCUGCAGGGGGCUGUGGACCGUGCUGCUGGGGAUGACGGGGAGAGGCACGCUGAACUGGAUGGGAGGCUGCGAUCCGUGGAGAAUGUGCUUCUAGAGGUGCAGCGCAACCUGCAGGUGAUGAGGGACAAGCAGGAGCUCGCAGAGGCACAGGCGGAGCUCUCUAAGCUCAAGUUCCUCGCCCUCCCCGCCCCCCCCUCCGCCUCCUCCGCUUCCUCCGCUGCUGCUGCCCCACCACCGCCACCACCAGCUGCUGCUGUUCCACCAGUGGUCGAACCAGCAGCAGCAGCGGCAGCUCCUGCACCAGCACCACCACAGCAGGAGCAGCAGCAGCAGCCGCAGCAGCACACCAUGCUGCCUCCUGCUUCCAUGUACCCCCAGCAGCAACAGCAACAGCAGCAGCCUCAGCAGCAGCAGCAACAGCAACAGCAGCAGCCUCAGCAGCAGCAGCAACAGCCACCGCAGCAGCAGCAACAGCCCUAUGCCGCUCCUCCCCCACCUGCUCCUGCUGCUCCACCUCCGUAUGCGCAGCAGCAAGGGGGAUAUAACAUGCAGCCUCAGGGGCCUACGGCACAGCACAUGAACAUGCCGCAACAGCAGCAGCAGCAGCUGGCGCUGCCACCACCACCACCCCAGCAGCAGCAACAGCAGCAGCAGCCGCAGCAGCAGCAGCAGCCGCAGCAGCAGCAGGGCGGGCAGCAGAUGUACCAGGCACCACCACCACCGUCCAUGGCACAGCAACCCCCUCCGCCUUACCCUCCCCAGCAGCAGCCCGCUCCUCCCCCUGCUGCCUCCGCCCCUGCUCCCCCGCCAUACGGCUCCAUGCCCCCCCCGCAAGGCAUGUACGACCCUGCUGCUGCUGCCAGCGCUGCUGCCUCUGCUGCUGUCGCUGCUGCUGCAGGCGGAAUGUAUUACCAGCAGAACGCCCCUCCCUCUCCCAUGCCCCAGGCACAGAUGCCCCCGCCUCAGAUGCCCCCUCAGGUGCCCCCUCAAAUGCAUUCUCAGAUGCCACCUCCACCAGGUGUUCCCAUCCAGGCACAGCAAGCGCAGCAACCCCCCCAGCAGUACAUGCAAGGGCAAGGGCAAUCCCCGCCCUACCCACCUCCCCCGCCUGGUUAUGGCGCCCCCACUCCCCCUCCCCCUGCACACCCCUCCCCCCAGCCCCAGGGUAUGUAUCGGGUGGCCCAGCCUCCCCCCCCGUCCAUCCCCCCUACUGCCGGCCCCCCUAGUGGAUACAGACGCUUACCCAUGGCACAGCCUGUGAGCGGCGGUGGUGGGGGAGGGGGAGGUGGGAGCGGAGGGGGCAGGGGCGGAGGAGGGGGAGGGGGGGGUGGUGGGGGUGAUACAGCAAGAGUGCCUCUAGAGAAGGUGGUUGAUGACGUGGCAGCAAUGGGAUUCCCAAGGGAUAAGGUGCGCAUGGUGGUGCAGAGGCUUAUGGAGAGAGGCAAGUCGGUUGAUCUGAAUGCUGUGAUUGAUGAGGUGAUGAAUGGUGGGGGUGGGGGCGGGGGCGGAGGAGGAUGGUACGGGCGGUGA